AUGGAGCCCGAGCCCCCGCCCCCCGACCCCACCUCGCCGUCCCCGCCGCCGGCGACAGGCCCCACUGCCGCCGCCUCUGAGGGUUCUCCGGCGGGCGGCGACGGCGGGGCGGAGGGCGACGAGGCGGGGGGUUUCAGCGCUGGGCUGGAGCCACUAUGGUCGCUCCUCUUCGGCGACCCAGCGGAGCUGGAGCCAAUGUGGUCGCCGCCGAGGGAGUUCGGUGUCGGCGCGGAAUUCGCCGCCCCGGACCCGGAGGCGGAGGCCGAUGUGGACGACGCGGAAGGGCCCUGGGACGGCGCGCCCUGGAGGUCCACCGGGGUCGUCGCCGGCGAGGUUCACUUGCCCGAUGGGGUCAAGCCGCGAGGAUCACCAGAGAUUGUUGCCAUACACAGCUCCUCUACCGAUGUUGUGGUGGCUUUACCGGUGGUGAGUAAAAGGUCCUUGAAGAAUAAAGUAGUGUCGUCUUCUCCAAGGAAGACUAGAUCAUCCUCAAAGGUGGUGGUGAAUUCCAACAGGGUAUCAGCUGUUUCGCCAGUGAUGAAUUGUGUGCCUGCUGUGCAUAAAGCCAGUUCUAGUAUACCUCCUAGGAAGCAUAAGCUUGCUUCUGAGAAGUGCUUGCCCAAUUUGGAGAGAGUGGAUGCUGUGUUACACAACUCUGGAUUAAUGAGUGCUAACAAAGCGAUCCAUGGGACGCCCCUAGAGGUAGAGGCAGCAUCAUCUCAACCUCCAAAGGCAAAGCAGCCCAGGAUAUCCUUAGGGAAAUGUUCAUUGAGUUUGAAGAGGGCAGAGAACAGUAGUAGCUCAAUCUGUGAACUACCAAUGAUCACAGUGACCUCAGCUCCAGAGAAUAAACCAUUGGAUACUCACUGUACUGAUUCUGAAAUGGUGGAUAGCAUGGAUGGUUCCUAUUUCUUUGUGGGUGAUGCAGUGCCUGAUGAGGAGGCUCAGAAGAGAUGGCCGCACCGCUACCGGAGCAAUCAUUGCCUUCUGAAGAAGGAUAAGAGGAGCAAUACCCAAACAGUUUCCAAUGCUGGCAAGGCUGUCUUGGAUGUCAAAUGCCACUAUUUGGAAGCUAGUAUUGGGGAUUGCGCAUUUAUUAAGUGGUUUUUCAGAGCUGAAGACACAGUCAUGGAAGACCAAGCACAGUCUCAUGACCCAAGGAGGCUCUUUUACUCAGAUCUGAAGGAUGACAAUUUACUAGACUGCAUUGUUUCUAAAGUUAACAUUGUGCCAGUUUCUCCAAGUAUAAAUGAAAAGUCUCGGUCAAUUCCUUCAUUCCACUAUUACUAUGACAUGAAGUACUCUCUGGACUAUAGUACAUUUUCUACCAUGGAAAUGGGAGAUCCAAAUGACACGGUACAUUCACAUUACACUAGUAGCAACAAUGCAAAAAGGAUUGAUUUCACUGAAAAGCAGAAGUCUCCCACACCAGAGAUGAGGGAGCUUUACCUGUUAGAUCUGUACUGUGGUUGUGGGGGAAUGUCUACUGGUCUUUGUCUUGGGGCUCGUGGUGGUGGUGUGAAUCUUGUAGCGAGAUGGGCUGUUGAUGGCGAUGAAGUUGCAUGUGAAAGCUUCAGGCUAAAUCAUCCAGAAACUCGGGUCCGCUGGAAAGGUUAUGGCCCUAAUGAUGACACAUGGGAGCCAAUGGAAGGGUUAAAGAACUGCAAAGAUGCAAUUAGGGAUUUUGUUAUUGAAGGGCAUAAGAAAAAGAUCUUACCACUUCCUGGUGAUGUGGAUGUCAUAUGUGGUGGACCACCAUGCCAAGGCAUUAGUGGCUACAACCGCAAUAGGGAAUUUGAUGCACCAUUCAACUGUGAGAGAAAUAAGCAGAUCAUUGUCUUCAUGGAUGUAAUGCAAUUUUUGAAGCCCAAAUACAUUUAUAUGGAAAAUGUCCUUGAUAUACUGAAGUUUGCUGAUGCAACACUUGCAAGAUAUGCUCUAAGUCGGCUAGUUGCUAUGCAUUAUCAAGCAAAACUAGGGAUCAUGGCUGCUGGAUGUUAUGGCCUCCCACAAUUCCGAAUGCGUGUCUUUUUGGUGGGCUGUCAUCCAAAGGAGAAAUUACCCCUGUUUCCUCUGCCUACUCAUGAGGCAAUUGUGAAGAAUGGUUGCCCCUGGCUUUUGAGCAUGCCAAUGCAACUAGAAAAACCAAUUGUUCUCGAAGAUGCUCUAUCUGAUCUUCCAGAAGUGCAGAAUGGAGAAAAACGAGAAGAAAUGCUAUAUGUGAAGGGACCUCAGACGGAAUUCCAAAGAUAUAUUCGGUCAUUUAAUUCUGAAGUGCUUGGAUCCAGAGCUCAUGUCACAAAAGUGUCUAAAUCAAAAUUGUAUGACCAUCGACCAAGGGCACUGGAUGAUGAUAACUACUUAAGAGUACUGCAGAUUCCCAAGAAAAAGGGAGCUAAUUUUAGAGACCUUCCAGGAGUCAUAGUAGGUCCUGACAACAUAGCUAGAUUAGAUCCAACUAAGGAGAGAAUACUAUUGCCAUCUGGUAAUCCUCUGGUGAUUGAUUGUGUCCUAGCCUACGAGAAUGGUAAAUCGUUAAGAUACCGCCAGAUUGGAAAUGCAGUGGCUGUACCUGUUGGUCGUGUACCUGUUGGUCGUGCACUUGGGUAUGCCCUGCCCAUGGCCUAUCUGAACAAGACUGGAGAUGACCCUCUCAUGGUGCUUCCACCCAAGUUUGCAUUGUCUCAUGAUGUACAAGGUCUUUCUAGUGUGAACGGUCUUCAUGGCAGGCCCAUCGGUUGA